AUGGCAGAAACUUCCCAGUCCCCCGAUGCCACUCAGCCCACUGCUGAAACAUUUGUCAAUGCUGCUCCAGGAAUUGUCGCUGAUUCAGACACUACUUCCAUUACAUCCAGCGUUUUGGAUUAUCAAUAUGAGAAUGGUCGACGUUACGAUGCAUACAGCCAGGGAAGAUACAUAAUGCCAAAUGACGAUACUGAGCAAAAACGUCUUGAUAUUGCACACCAUGUCAAAUUCCCUUCAGCUCGUGUCAUCGGUAAUGACCUAAGUGCCAUUCAACCGUCUUGGGUUCCCCCAAAUCUUGAAUUUGUUAUCGAUGACUUCGAGAAAACAUGGAUGUAUGAGCGGGACUAUUUUGAUUACAUCCAUGCACGGACGAUCUCUGGCUGCGUUCAGAACUGGCCACAGCUACUGCAACAGGCGCUCGAACACCUCAGACCAGGUGGAUAUUUUGAGGCCGUUGAACAUACUGCCUGGGCAUGGAGUGAUGACGGCACUCUCAAAGAUGAUUCACCCUACAUGCAAUAUAUUCGAUGGCUGAACGAAGCAAGUGAGAAGUCUGGGAGACGGAUAAAUAUUGCUCCUGAAUUGAAGCAGUGGAUGAUCGAUGCAGGGUUUGAGGAUGUAACAGAGAAAGUUUAUAUGGUCCCUCUCGGGCCGUGGCCAAAAGAUCCAAAACUCAAAGAGGUGGGAAAAUGGGAGUAUAUCUUGGCGCCUGAAUCUGUCGAGGCUUACGGUCUUCGUCUUUAUACUCAAGUUUUGGGAUGGAGUUCCGACGAGGCCAAAAUUCAUCAUGCACUUGUCAGGCAGCAGCUUCGUGACAGGACUGUACAUGCCUAUGUCAAAUUGUUUGUCUUUUUUAUCCCUUUGAUAUCUUUCCGCCAAGCUUAA